UUCCCAGACCCCUUCACACACCGCACUUCUCGGCACUCUCACCCACUCCCAGCCAGGCCUCGGCUUCACACAGACUCUGCCCAGAUUCACUCACGCUCACAGCUUGCUGGCAGUCAGUCUCCGCUCAUCCUCCAUGGCAUCCCAUGCAGCUGCACUACUAGCCCUCAGCCUGCUGAUUCUCUGGACCUCCCCUGCUCUGGGAGAUGCCAACGACGCUGAAGACUGCUGCCUGUCUGUGGCCCAGCGCCCCAUCCCUGGAUUCCUGGUGCGAGCCUAUCGCUACCUGCUCAUCAACAAUGGCUGCAGGGUGUCUGCCGUUGUGUUCACCACCCUGAGAGGUCACCAGCUCUGUGCACCCCCAGACCAGCCCUGGGUGGGCCGCAUCAUCCGGAGACUGCAGAAGAACUCAGCCAAGGCAAGCCUGGCCCUCCCCAGCCCUGCCUCCUCCCUGCAAGCCCCUGUCCAAGACCCCAGCCCAUGACUUUGCCUCUCCUUCCUCCCCCAGGGAAAGCACUACAGCAGGUAGCCCAUGAUAGCCCCAGAGGGAGCCCUGUGUCUGAGGGAAAGAAUGUGAAUCACUGAAGCCCUGGGGAACCAAGGACCAGAAGGGAGGACCAGGCCUCCUGCUCCCCUGCCCCAGACCUGACCCAGCUGGGGCGGAGCAGGAGUGUGAGUGUGAGUGUGAGUGUGGAUGAGUGUGGUGGAAGCACAACUUCUCCAUGCCCAGACUGCAGUGUUUCCAAUAAAGCCCAGCUGGUACCCACGAA